GUUGGAAAAAGUAUACAACCUGUCCAAAGAGCACCUGGCCUCAAAGAAACCAGCAGCACAGCCAAUGGCUCCAGUGGUGAUUUCUGGGGAGCAGAGGGUCAACUUGGCCAAGUCCAAAGUCAACCAGAGCUACAGCCAGUUGGACCAAGACCACCGAAAGAGGAAAGCCGAGAGCAGGUUGGACGAGUCUCCUCACCCAGUGGGCCUCCUUGGGGUCAGUAUCAAGGAGGAACCGGUCAGCGACGAAGAACCGAUGGAGACCUCCAUCCCUGAGAAUCUCAAUAAUGGACUGGUCAACGGGAUCCAUUUGGAGGAUAGCCUGGACUCCAUCAAUGGCCACAUGCCAGUUCCGGAGAGGGUCACCGAGGAACUGCGAGCUUUUGUGGCGGCCACAUUUAAGAAACAAUAUGUCCUGACUCUGAACGAGCUUAAACGGUUAUUUAACCUUCAUCUGGCUGGUUUACCUCCUGGGAAUCUUUUGUUCAGUGGGAUUUCGGACAAAAUGUUGCAAGACAUGGUAUUGGACGUAGGCUGCAAGCAGAUCAUGGUGCCUUUUCCCCCACAGACCACAGCGUUGCCCGACGAACAAAAGGUGUUUGCACUUUGGGAAGCUGGCGAUGUUUAUGACCAGCACCGGCAAAUUUUGCUUGAAAUCUUUUCCAAAAAUUACCGUGUGCGUCGAAACAUCAUCCAGAACCAACUGGCCCAGGAGUAUGGCGAAGAACUAGACAAACAGGAGGUGGAUAAAGUUUUGAAGGAUUGUUGUGUAAGCCAAGGAGGCAUGUGGUACCUCAAAGGGACAGUCCAGCAGCCAACUUCUUGACGGUGGGAGUCGCUUUGGUUGCAUCUGGUUUCAUCCCGGGAUGAACAAAGAAACAAAGGAAGACUGCCGUGCUAGCUAAUUCGCAACGACAUUCAAACCACUAAUCCUGGUUGGACUGGGGAAUCUGUAUAUGUUCCCCUAACUUCACUUGGAUCCCUAAAUAUCUAUAUUUCUCAAUCUUACUUAGGACACAACUACGACAUGAACAAUCCUUAUUAGGGUGGCUGAACCGUUUUAUGAAAUCAUGAUCAAACGGUUCAUUUUAUAAUGGGUGCCAAUAAAUUUCGAGUUUGCA